AGUGUCACCAACUUAUUAUUUAACUCGCCAUCCCUGGUAGUGACGUUUUCCAACACCUGCACCGGCGGCGUCACUUUUUCGGCUUUUCUAUAUCGCCAAUUUGCAAUUUUGUUGCCAAAAUUAAGAAAAAGGAAAGCUUAAAUACAGAAAAUGGCAGCAGCUAUCGAUGGUGUUUUCCCGGCCACAUUGCAGGAGCUGGUAAAGAAGUCCAAGGUCCUGGUCGUGGGCGCCGGCGGAAUCGGCUGCGAGGUGCUCAAAAACCUUGUGCUCAGCGGCUUUACAGAUAUUGAAAUUAUUGAUCUGGACACUAUUGAUCUGAGCAACUUGAACCGACAGUUCCUCUUCCAUCGCGAGCACGUUGGAAAAUCUAAGGCACGGGUGGCUAGGGAAAGCGCACUGAGCUUCAAUCCGGAUGCAAAGAUAACCGCUUACCAUGACAGUGUUACAUCUACUGAUUAUGGCGUCAACUUCUUUAAGAAGUUCGAUUUGGUGCUCAGCGCGUUGGACAACAGGGCCGCUAGGAACCAUGUAAAUCGCAUGUGUCUGAAUGCGGAUGUCCCGCUAAUAGAGAGCGGUACCGCCGGCUACAAUGGCCAAGUGGAACUGAUCAAGCGUGGCCUCACCCAGUGCUACGAGUGCACGCCGAAGGACAAACAGCGAAGCUUUCCUGGGUGCACCAUACGCAAUACGCCCUCCGAACCGAUUCACUGCAUUGUCUGGGCAAAACAUCUCUUUAAUCAACUCUUUGGUGAGUCCUUGGAAGAUGAGGAUAUUUCUCCUGAUGCUGCUGAUCCCGAUGCGAAGGAAAAAGACGGAGACGGUGAGCCCAAAAAGGACGAUGAGAAUGAAAAGGAGAAGGGCGAAGAGUCAAAGGAGGAAAAGGAGGCCAAGGAGGAUACUGCCAACGGCAACAUAGUGCGGAUAAACACCCGCCAAUGGGCUAGGGACUGCAACUACGAUGCAGGCAAGCUGUUCAACAAGUUCUUUAACGAAGACAUUACCUACUUGUUGCGCAUGUCGAAUUUGUGGAAGACCCGCAAGGCACCCGUGCCCGUGCAGUGGGAUACCCUGCAGUCUGAAGGCUCCUCCGGCGAUCAGAAGGAUGUGGCCAAGCAGCACCACAAGGUCUGGUCUAUCGAGGAGUGCGCUCAGGUCUUUGCCAAUUCCUUAAAAGAGUUAAGCGGUACCUUCCUAAAACUCGAAGGCGACGAUACUCUGGCUUGGGACAAGGACGAUCAGCCGGCCAUGGAUUUCGUCGCGGCAUGCGCAAACGUGAGAUCCCACAUCUUCGAUAUUGAGCGAAAGUCAAGGUUCGAGAUUAAGUCAAUGGCGGGUAACAUCAUUCCUGCUAUUGCCACAACAAAUGCGAUUACGGCGGGUAUUUCCGUGAUGCGGUCUUUCAAGGUGCUGGAGGCCAAAUGGGAGCAGUGCAAGGCUGUCUAUGCACGACUUAGACCAAAUGCACGAAAUCACUUCCUUGUCCCGGACGCCUCUCUCCCAGGUCCCAAUCCCAACUGCUAUGUAUGCGCCAGCGACCCGGCCAUUACUCUCAAGAUCGACACCAAGCGCUUGCGUAUAAAGGAGCUGCGUGACGAGGUCCUGGUUAAGACGCUCAACAUGUUGAAUCCGGAUGUGACUGUGGAGAGCAGUGGCUCCAUUCUAAUCUCCUCAGAGGAGGGAGAGACGGAAUGCAACGAGGGCAAGCUCCUAAGCGAAUUGAACAUCGUAGAUGGUGUGAUCCUCAAGUGCGAUGACUUCUUCCAGAACUACGAGUUGAGUAUUAUCAUAUCCCACUUUGAUGCGGAGCGAGACGAAAAUUUGUUCGAAGUUGUGGCAGAUGCCUCGCAGCUGAAGCCAAAGGAUGAGGAGCAGAAGAAGGACACAGUGGAAGCCAAGGAGGAUGAUCAAAAAACGGCUACGAAACGUUCUGCCAACGGGGAAGAAGACUCAAAAGACGAUGGUCCCUCUACCUCGAAGCGCAGCCGACCAACCGAAGUGGUUGAGGAGGAUGACGAUGACUGUCUGGUAAUCGAGGAAGACGAGGACCAAGCAGAAGUUGUUAUCGUGGCCACAGACAAACUCUCUGUACAGAGCCCGCCAAAGUCGGGCGCUAAGCGCAAGCCAUGUGAAGUAAUUGAGGAUGAGGAUAUCACCGAGAUUUUGGAUUCAUCUGACGACGAACCCGCGGGACCAACCAAGUGCAAACGUUCCCGCCUGGACGAGUCAUCCUCGAAUCCCGUGGAAGUCAUCAGUAUCGAUUAAUAAAAAAAGUCUUUAUUCGAAUACGUUUUGAACUGCGCACUAAAAUAUGCUCUGAAUUCCUUUAAUUGCAUUCUGAUAAAAAAAAAAUUUAUAUGGAUCAUAAAA